AUGUUCGAUUUUGAGCUUCUCCCCCACGAAAUGCAGCUGGAAAUCGUCAAGCAGGUAUAUCUAAAAGAUAAUUUGUGGCUUUUUUCGAUCUUUGGAAAACCAAGGGAAGGUUUGAACUCGGAUUGUUUACUAAUUGUUUGAUCUUGAUUAAACAUCAAUAUGUACACAAAAUGUUCAAGUUUUGAAACAUCAAGGAAAUAAGGAAAACAAAGGAAGUAGCACGCGCGAAAAAUCGGGAAAGUUCAUAGUGCUUAGGAAUUACAGAGUGGUCCCUAUAGGGUUCUGAAGUACCCCCUCUAGAGAAAGCUCUUCUUCUCCCUAUAGGGGUCACUUAAGCUUGCGAAAUUGGUCUCUAUCGGGGAUUUCAGUUAAUGGCCCCUAUAGGGGAGCAACCUAGUAGUAUAUUGAUAUGAUCAACAGAGAAGUAAUCGAUAAAGCUUUUCCUUCUGAUGUUCGAUUCCGAACAAAAUAAAGGACCCCUAUAGGGGCCACUUGAGCUUUAGGAGCUUAGGGGUCAUACUCUCAUACCCCUAAAGUGGGCACUUUCUUGUCCCCCGCAAAGGCAUCUCACCUUUGGACCCUAUAGGGACCACUCUGACGUUCCUGAACACAUUAUAAGUUCUCGAGGAAAACUUCGAAAUUUCUUAAGGCUUUCCAGAAAUUUUUAACAUCUUUCAUAAUUCCCUUCUAAAAAAGGAGUUCAGGUAGAAUUUCGGACGCUUCAACGGAUGAAAAUCGCUUCGCAACAUGUCAAAAAACUCAUCCAACGCUAUAAAAGAUAUACAAAACCGAUGCCGAUAAGACAGCUGCUUGUAACGCCGGUCAGUUUCAGGAAAAUCAUGAAAAGCUGAAUUCUUCUGUUGUAGUUUCGCUUAUAGUCCAUUCUGCGCCAGCUGGUCGCAAUUUUCUUUUUUCUCCGAGCAAAAAAGAAGCUCUUUCUUUGAGCUGUCCCUCGGCAUGUGUCUUUAAUUUGGCCCCUUGGAAAAAAUCAUCAGAAUGGAAUGGAACACUUUUUUGAUUUUUUGAAGUGUUCAGCACGGAGUAUCGUACAAAAAACUGAGCUUAGCCCUGAAAUUCUGACUUCUCAUCCUCUUUCAAGAUUCUUACGAUACAAAAUUUUAAAGGCACAGUCAAAAUAUUAUUCAUUUUUGUGUUUCAGGGAAAACUCAGUUUCACGCUGGAAGGCUCCUGUGACGUCGUGUCGAUGGAACCGGGCCAAGCGGCCGAUUUUUUGAAGGGAGCCGUUGUGGACCUUCUUUGGUUCGAAAUGGUGCGUUUUUAAUGCUUUUCUUCGAAAAAAGCUGAAAAAUCUUCCAGCCAUCCAGCAGCGAAGAGGAGGAACCCUGUGAGAUCCUCUCCAGAACCCUGCCGUCGUCUUUGAAGAUCAACACCUUGAAACUGGGAUCAAGCCGUCGCCAAUGUGACGUCACGCGGCUUUUCGAGCUCCUCGCUCAGUGGUUCUGUACGAAUUUGAUCGUCGAGUGGCGGUUCCACGUCCCGCGCGAUUUUUAUGCUCAGGCUCGACUUCAGCAGGUUCGAUUUUGGGUUUUCAUUGCUUUCUUGGUCGACUUCAAAAAUAAUUAUUGCCUUGGAAAUUUGCCAAGCCUUUUCCUGUUCAAAGUGAAUUUGAAGAUUGAAAAAUCGCAGAAAAAAGAAAAAAAUUCUUUUUAUUAGCUUGCCGACAAAAAGUCUGACCUGUCUGCGCCCUCUUCUCCCUCACCAAGGAGGCCAGAGAAAAGAGGAAAUAGCACGUAAAAAUGAGAGAGCGUAGAGAAAUCAGGCUAUUUCAACUUUUGGGGAAUUGAGAGUGUGAAUGAUUAUUUCCGAAAUUUCUCUCAAAAUAUUUUCAUUCGCCAAGUUUCGAAACAGUCUGACUUGUCUGCGCUCUCUCCUCUCUCACCGCUUCAUAGAAAAGGGGAAAUAGCUCGUAAAUAUGAGAGAGCGUAGGGAAAUCAGGCUAAUUCAUCUUUUGGUGAAAUGAAAAACUUCUCUGUCAAAAUACCUUAAUUAGCCGAGCUCUGAGACAGUCUGACCUGUCUGCGCUCUCUUCUCACUCACCGGGCCAUAGAAGAGGGGAAAUAGCAUGUAAACAUGAGACAGUCGAUAAAGAUGUUAAUUUCAUAUUUUCAGCUCGAUGGCCUUUCGAUCGGCGAGGAAUCAGCUCGAGAUUGGUUCGAGCCGAUGGAGAGCUCACAGCUGCUCCAGUUCACCGGCUCCUGGCUCGAAGUCGGAGCCAACUCGUGCUCCCCGCAGGACCUAAUCAAGCUCAUUGAGGUGGGAUUUGCUAGGAGAACUUCGAAAUUUUGACUCUCACUUGGUCUAGCCGGAGCUAACGUAGCUUUUUGUAUAAAAGGCCUUUUCCAGAAUAUACUUCGUUUUUCGCGACUUUAAAAUAUUUUUCUCUGCGCCCUCCUCGUCUCUCGGCGACCCUCUCGUGUUGCCGUGCUAUUUUCACGUUUCUCUGAUCUCGCCGGUGAGGGAAAAGAAAGACGCAGACACUGUCAAAUCGCGACGAAUGGGCUAGAAAGUUGAAAGAUGUAUCUUACUUGCUCUAGCCUGUCUGCGCCCUCUUUUCCCUAACCGGUGAGGUCAUGUAAAAGACGUGAAUAGCGUGUAACUUCGAGAGAGCACCGAGCAUAACAGAAUGAAAUUUCAGAGAUGGAAAUCCGGAAAGAUCCACGAGAUCACCCUCUACAACAUCGCGCUGUCCUUCCCGAUGGUCGAACUGGCGUCCUUGUUGAAGUCGGUGGCGAAGCUGAACACGAUGACGUCCUGGACGGCGACGAGGGGAAGCCAAGGACUUCGUAUCACCUACUACCACCGAACCAACUUUGCCAAUUUCCCCUCCAUUGUCCUCCAACAGUUCCAAGUCAACCGUUGGUUUGAAAACUUUGAAUGA